GCAAGGCAACUUGCAGGUCCGCUUCUUGCCUGAUCCGUCCUUGCCGUGGAAGCAGGUACCAUCGCCUCUGCGGAUUCCGAGCCUGCCACUGUACCACCUUGUUCGUGGGCCUCCCGCUGUUCGUGUACUUUGCAGGAGAGGCGAAGGUGCCACGGUUUGGGAUGGAGACAAGAUCGAGGUCACCAAGAAGCAGGAAUUCCAUGCCGAGCCCAGUCCACGGAAGGUGAGUUACGACCUCCUCGAGCAGGAGUCAUCAGCGUGGAUGGCCUUGACCCUGCGCAGGAACAGGAAGCGGAACACAACGUGGAGUUGGCAGUCGACGUUGCCAUUCGCA